UAUGUUAUUAUUUAUAAGAAUAGUUUAUUGGUUGGAUAUGAUAAAUACUAUUUUGGCCAUUAUUACUCAAUAUCGAUUUAUAUUACAAAAUAGAACGUCAUUUAGUGAAAGUAAUGAUUAUGCAUCCUCAAUUGAGUUUGAUGAUUACGUCGAUAAUAUAGAGGAAAUUAAUCAUCAACGUUUGAAAAAGCGAACAUCCUCUUUGUCUGGUAGUAGUAAUACUUUUGAGAAGGUAGGCCUAAAUGACGAUGGUUCCUAUAUUGAUGAUAUAGAUGGAGAAAUAAAUUCUAAUUCGCAUAGAGAUAGCGUGAAAGCAAAAUCAAUUCAUCAUUCGAAUCAGAAGAGAACUUUUAGUAAUCAAAUUCGUUGUUUCGUCUGUCAUAACGGAGAAGAGAGUUGCCAAUUUUUAGAACAUCCCCAAAGUAGAUUUAAUUUGCAAAGAGAGUUUAAAACUUGUCUUGGAGUUCAAUGCUUCGUUAAACGUUUUAUACCCUUAAUAAAUGAGGAAAAACCAAUAAUUGAUCGAGGUUGCUACUCUGAAAGAAGAUUUUCAACUCUAAAAUGUCAUAGUACUGAUACAGUAAGACCAUUUGAUAAAUCUGAAUUAUACACUUGCGUAUGCGAAACGGAUUUUUGUAACAGUUCAACCCAGUUGAGAACUUCUACUGCCGUAUCAAUAUUUUUAUCAUUACUAACAAAAGAAUAUCUAAGAGGCUAA